AUGGUAAAAAAGGUAAAUGGCCAAUGGAGAAUGUGUGUGGACUUCACUGAUCUCAAUAAAGCAUGCCCUAAGUAUUCUUAUCCUCUCCCCAAUAUUGAUCGGUUGGUAGACGGAGCUUUCGGACACACUGUUCUAAGUUUUUUAGACGCCUUCUCGAGGUAUAAUCAAAUCCCGAUGUACGCCCCGGAUCGAGAAAAGACGGCCUUUAUUACAAAGCAGGCCAAUUACUGCUAUGAGGUCAUGCCGUUCGGUCUCAAGAAUGCAGGCGUUACUUACCAACGCCUAAUGGAUAAAGUCUUCCAUAAUCAGAUAGGCCGUUGGAUGGAAGUAUAUGUAGAUGAUAUGGUAAUCCGAAGUCACACGCAUCAACAACAUCUGAAAGAUUUAGAAGAAGUCUUUCAACAACUCAGACACUACAACAUGCGUCUAAACCCCAGCAAAUGCACUUUCGGGGUGUCUGUCGGAAAAUUCUUGGGUUUCAUGUUGACCUAUCGAGGCAUAGAAGCAAAUCCAGACAAAUGCCGGGCGAUAUUGGAGAUGAUGAGUCCCACUAAGUUAAAGGAUGUCCAAUGCUUAGUCGGACGUCUCACAACCCUAUCGCGAUUCAUACCGAGACUUUCUAAUCAUAUCAAACCUAUCCUGAAGAACAUGAAAAAGGAUGUACCUCGACAUUGGGAUAACGAUUGCGAAGAAGCCUUCUCUAAGGUAAAAAGAAUCCUGACCAGUCCACCUAUCAUGGCUCGUCCAACUGAGGGGUUCGAGUUACAACUCUACUUGGCUGCAUCCAACCAUUCGGUAAGUGUAGCUCUCAUCCAGGAAAGUCCAGACUUUAAGAUGAUAUACUUCACCAGCCGAACCCUGCAAGGAGCAGAAGAAAGAUAUUCUCAGGUGGAAAAGGUGGUGCUAGCCUUGCUGACAGCAGCACGUCGGCUCCGGCCGUAUUUUCAGAGUCAUCAGAUAGUCGUCCGGACAAACCAUCCGAUCACUAAGAUUCUCAGGAAACCUGACUUGGCGGGAAGGAUUGUAGCCUGGGCGAUCGAGCUAUCUGAAUUCGGUCUACGAUAUGAACCGCAGGGUUCCGUUAAAGGCCAACACCUGGUUGAUUUUGCAGCUGAAGUCUACCGUCCGGGGGAACCAAACAUGUGGCAUCUAAAUGUAGAUGGAUCUUUAGAGAGAAAAGGAGGAGGAGCUGACAUUGUACUCGAAGGACCGGACGACUUACUUGUCGAACAAGCGGUCAACUUUAACAUCCAACUUAGCAAUAACCAGGCAGAGUAUGAAGCUCUCAUUAGCGGAUUACUACUGGCCAAAGAGUUAGAAGUUGAUCAUCUGGAAUGCAGAAUGGAUUCUCAACUAGUUUUUGGACAACUCAAUGGAACUUUCCAGGUCAAGGACGAUCACCUGCUACGUUAUUAUCACAAGGUCAGUGAUUUGAUCAAAUCAUUUACCAAUUUUUCCGUUACCCACAUACCCAGAGCACAAAAUUCCCGGGCGGAUCUGUUGUCGAAGUUAACCCACUCCUGCGAGAAGUCGCAACGCUCUUCGGUGAUCAAAACCACACUACAUAAGCCGUUGUUGGAAGCAUAUACCACUAAAGUGGCUGCACCACGAACUGAUUGGCGGCAGGACAUAAUUCAACUGAUGGUCCAGCAAGAACAGGGCCGACGGGUUAGAAUCACUGAUUCUAAAUGUAUUGCCCGUUACAUGUUCGUAGGUGAUGAUUUAUAUCGGCGAGGUUAUACUACCCCGUUGCUGAAAUGUCUGUCCGACGAAGAAGCCAAGUAUGUCAUGCAAGAAUUACAUCAUGGCGUUUGUGGUUUACAUUCAGCAAAAAGGAUGUUGAGGGCCAAGAUUCUACGAGCCGGUUUUUACUGGCCCUCUAUGGAGCAAGAUUGUGCGGCAUUCGUACAGAAGUUUGGGGCAGAUGGCAAUCAACUCACUGAGGAACAAUCUCAUGUUUCAGAGGAAUCCCCAUUUCAGGCUGUUCAACUUCCAGACGAUGUUGGUGUCAUCCAUAUAGGAGACGGGGAGCAGAGUCAUGAGCUUACUACUACGCCAUCUACUUCCCCACCGUCCUAUGCCUUCCCUCUUGCACUUGAGGAUGCAGCAGAUAUGAGCAGAUAUUUUAAGCCAGGUGGACUCUCUUCGUCUUCCACGAUUGAAGGUGAUUUACUGAUGAAUCAUCCCUUCCUUGACCCAGUUGUGGAAGACAUUUCUCUUCUCGAUCAGAUUUGGCGAAUGAAGUCCUUCCUCAGCACUUCAUUUCUUGAUCCAUUUAUGGAAGACACUUCUCUGCAAGCUGAGGCAGCCAACAAAGCCAUUAUUUCCGAGUUAAAGAAGAGACUUGGGCAUGCUAAAGGGUUAUGGGUCGAAGAGUUGCCUGAAGUGCUUUGGGCGUACAGAUGCACACCGCACGGUUCAACGGGUGAAACUCCCUUUAACCUCACUUACGGCACAGACGCCAUGCUUCUGGUCGAAGUUGGCGAACCGACUAUACGACGAGAGAUGCAAGACAUGAACCUCAAUGAAGACCAGCUGAGGGUUAACCUGGACACUCUACCCGAACGGCGUGAGUUGGCCAUGAGACGAAACGCAGCUCAGAAACGACUACUCGUGCGGCGAUACAACACGAAGGUUAAACCGCGUAGCUUUACUGCAGGAGACCUUGUUUGGCGAAAGAGAGGAGAAGCUCGCAAAGAAAAAGCGUACGACAAGCUAUCAGACAACUGGGAAGGACCCUUCCGCAUCAUAGAAGAUUUGAAGAAUGGUGCAUACCGGUUGGAGAAUUUGGACGGAAAGGCCAUUCCUAACACAAGGAACACCACACAUUUAAAGUUCUACUAUAGUUAG